GUCGACGGUGGCCGGAUUGCCGAAAUUCAUGGUGCUGAAAUCCAAGUCCGACGGGAAAUACCUGCACUACCUCUGGAACGACACUCCUUCGGGCCGUACGUCAACGACCUGGGAUGCAUGCGACUCCUGGACCCGCUCAGCCCGUUCGUGAAGCUGGAGGUAGUCCCGUCCGGAUCCGACCCGGCCCAUCUGAUCCACCUCCGCUGCUGCCACAACAACAAGUUCGUGCAGCUCGACAGCAAGUACGGCGUGUCCUGGAUCUCCGCCACCGCCAACGGGCCGGACGAGAGCACGGCGGUCCACCUCCACCCUAUCUUCCGGCCAUCUUCCCGCCGGGCGUGUGAAAACUAG